CGAAACCUCUUUCAACCCUUUCAUGCAAAUUGAGUAUUCAAAACCGACUGUCAUAUCCUUUUUAAUAGUGAAAGGUAGUCACCGUAGUGAGUAGGGGAAAUGAAAACUAACAUUUGCCAACAAGAGCACAGUAACUUGGAUUCGUAUAACACUGAUAGAUCGAAAGAGAAAAUGGAAGAAGCUGAAGAAAAACAGCUAAAACAGAUCAAAGAAAACUCUGCCUUUGUGUUAGAUGAUGCACUGGAAAGGAAAGAAAAAAUAAAAUUUAAACUACAACAACUAAACAAGGACUUGGAUGCCGGAUUUGAUUUAAAUGAAGAAAACAUUCGAGCAUAUAACUUCAUUUCCUAUCUAUUUUGGAAAUUGGGAGAAAGAGAAAAGGCAUUUGAAGCAAUAGAAAAAGCAGAAGAGCUGGAUAAAGAAUUGAAUGUCAUCAGUCUUUGCAAUAAGAUAAUGUUUCAUCAUGAGGCCGGUGAGUAUAGUCAGUCUCAUGACUUGCAAGAAAUUUUCAGGAGUACACAUUUAAAACAGAAGAGAGCACAAAUUCGGGCAAAAGCAGACAUGGGGUACUUUUAUUCCCGACUAGGUCCAAAGUAUCAUGCACAAGCUGUCCGAUUCUUCCGAUCAGCCAUUAGAGAUACGCAGCCAGAGAGAAAUAUCUUGUGGGAAUUCGGACUUGCACUAACUUUACGAAGGCAAUCUCACAUGUUUCAGAUGACAGAUCCGAAAAAUUUCGAACCCGAAAACAAAAAGAGAGAGGCAGCAAAUUUGUUGUAUGGCGUUGUUAAGUUCCCCACCCAAGGUCAGGAAUAUCACCAAAUAAGAGGAAAAGCAUGGUGUGAAUUAGGGAAAAUCAUGACAAAAAAAGAAAAUUUGUCUGUUAUAUUGGACAACGAAGAAACAGACACAUCGGACAUAAAUCAGAAUUGGUGUUUUGAGGAGGCAUUGACUUUGUGUCCGAAUGAUUAUUUUAUUCUUCAGUCCUAUGGACAACAACUUAGAUACUCCUGGGAUUUAGAAAAAUCGAAAGAAAUGUUAGAGAGAGCAAUAAGUAUUAAGGAUAUGCCUUUCUCGAGACAUCAUUUAGCAGUGACAUUAAAGAAGAUCGUAGAAAAAAACAUAUCAACAAAAAGAAAAUGCAGAAAAAACUUAGAUCAUUCCUUUUCUGUUGAUGACAGGCAAGGACAUCAAAAGCAAGCAGAAUAUGACAGUGGUGUUUACAGCAUGGAAAGCCAAUUGUCGUCGUUGUCAUUAGGUGAACAUGGCUCAAGUCCUUCCACAGAUGGACGCUGGAGAAGAGGAAACACCUCAAGCUACCAAAAAUCCAGACAUGCAUCGCAAAGAUUAUCGGGACCUGUGGAAAAUACACCGUCUCGUUACUCCUAUCAAAGACAGAGGAAUAUACCUUUUUUGCGCUCUCAGUCGGAUUCUGAAUUUCAGAAACGAUCUUUUUCUGCAAUGAGAAAAUCGCCAAAGUCCGUUUGCGUUUCUCUAGACCAUCCGCUUUUGCUAGAGGCAGUAGAACAUCUUAAGAUAGCUUUAAAAAUGGAUGAUGAUUUUAAUGUUGCUCGCUAUGAAUUAGGAUUAAUAUACCGAAUGUUAGACCAGACAAAUGAAGCACUGGUGUGUUUUUCUCGCAUCUCAUCUGGCAACUGUGGGAAACUAUCUGAAUACAAAAUGACUCUGAUAAACGCAUAUGAACAACAGGGACUUUGCAAAUUAGAAAUGAAAUCGAAGGAGACUGAUCCAACUAAGCAACGGAAACUCGAAUUCGAUGCACAACAAAGCAUGUGGAAAGCCAUCUCUGUUGUAUCAAGCGUGAUUGGGGCGAUACCCAUGAUGAAAACAUCGAGUCAUUGCUUUCCAACACUGAAAAGUUUGUUAUUGAAAGAAGAAGAAUCUCCGAAGAAUUUUGGGGAGCUAGCAAAACUACAUGAACUACUUGAAUUUAAUGAAGAAUCUAUUAAAUUUUAUAGAAAGAUGAUUGAAAAAGAAGUGUACGAUGCAAAAACUGUGAAACAGCUGAUCCAAAACUAUAUAAAAGUUGGCGAUUUCGAAAACGCUAUAUGCACCCUUUCCUUGCUGCAAUGCACAGGUGAGUUGGAUGUUUUUGAUAAAACCUUUUACGUUGACACAUACACAAAAGGUGCGAACGAUUCAGUAGAAAAUCAUGACAUUGAAAUGGCAAAAGUUAGGUUACUAAAGGCCUACCAGACCAUAUUUUCGCACCACAGUUCUUCUGUCAGCUGUCCAGACGGCGAUGCACAAUCACCUGAUAUUCUCAUGUUACACAGUUGUGAGAAAGGUGAAGGUUGUCGUCAACUAAAGCAAAUCGCAGGCACGUUCAAUGAAUUCGUAGAACUACAGAUUGAUGUGAAUCAUAACGAUUGUCCACCAUAUAGUAAAAAAUCGGCUUACCUGAAGAAAAGAAUGUUAGAAUGUCGCUGCGUUUUGGUAUUCUUCCAUGAAACUGAAAAUGCGGAUACAGAGUCGACUGAUCCAACGGUAGAUUCGGCCAUUGACUUAAUUAUACCACUCAAGCAACGCGAGAAGACGCUGGUUAUCAGGAACGGGGAAACGGAUGAUGAUUUACUGUCAUGUAGACAUUGUAUCCGGGCGUCAGGCUUUGAUGCUGAAACAGAAGAUAGCAACCUGCAAGCCAUAUGGCAUGUUACAAUUUUCUCUGAUAUACUGAAAAAGAUGUCGGAGAUGUUCUGAUGGAAAUAACGUAUUCAUGGAUUACAAGUCUCGCAUUUCACCAUGCAUUUUCAAUUGGUGUUUCUGAAAUUUGUGUUAACGGACUGUAUAUCCCCCAAUGUUUCUCCUUGUAAAGUGUGUUUUAUAAAUUAUAUUCACAUCCUUGUCAUUUAAAACAUAUCUAUUAAAUUUACUUAAAAGUA